GAAGACACUGACUCUUCCCGUUGAAGUGAGCGGGACAGGUCAGAGGAGGACUCUCCAUACCGGAUUUCCUCUUUCUGUCUUUUUUUUCCCUUUGAAGCUUUGGCGCUCUUUUGGUCAUCUGGAUUAAAGGGACAGCGGCUCGUAUGGAAAGCAAGGAUCCUGUCCAUCCAAGGUUUUCUCUCUCUUUUAGAAAAAAGCAAAGAUAUUACAGCCUCUCUGUGAAAUUGAAGAACCUGUCAUGACAUCACACAAAUUGGCUAUUAAGUGUGGGAACUAUGCGGUGCUGGUAGAUGUCCACAUUAUGCCACAAGACUCCAAUAAAGACAAUGUUUGGUUUUCUGAUCAUAAGAAAGAGGAAAUCUUCAUGCUUCUCAAAGAAACUCUUGAUUCAAGGGUGGCACAAUACCUGAGCACUCAUAAACGACCUGGUCAGUCGAAGCAAGUCGAAUCCGCCAAAGAGGCUCCUUUGUUUUUGCAAGCUGAUGACUUUUACAUUGAAGCCUACUUUGUCAAAAGAUGGGUCAAUCUACGAUGCAUUUGGGGACAACAAAAUAGUGAGUUGCGUGUAUUUCCGGACCGAUUCGUGAUUUGUGUCACAAGGCUCGAAUCCAGUCCACUUCCUUGGAAAGAGACCCUUUCUGCUGGGACAUCUGAAUAUUUUGGAGAAUCGGCUGAAGCUGGAACGUGCAAGAUUUCUCUGACUCAACAGGAAAAACAAAAUAUUCUGAAAGAGAUAGUGAAGAGGACAAAAGCAACGAAAACUAAUGAGAGCCAACCUCAGCCCAGCAAGGACACCAUGAAAGUGUAUCUUGGCUCGCUGUGCUCAGACAGAGAGUAGGAAGACUGCAUUUCAAGCCCCUUCCGAUCCCAGGCCCGAAGCGAAAUGUGGGCGUACGGCACAGCCAAAGGAUUGCAUAAAUACAGCUGAGAGCAGCUUGGGGCUUUCUGUUUCAGAAUGGGACACUGAUGUGAACUGGAGACAGCCGAGCAACGCUAGCAGCCAGCAAAAACUUCAUCUUGCGGCGUGGUUAGACACAGCUUCUACGCCGGAGCCCUCAGUGGUGGUUGUGAGUCAGCAUGGCCUCUUCCAAACCAGAGUCAAGGGGUGACUGAAACAGCAGAAAUGCUGUUUGGAGCAGGCAGGAGGAGUCAGCUCGUGUCUCUCAAGCCGAAUCAGUCACUUCCCAGACAUGCAGCAGGGCUGGUUCUCUGGAGCCAUCUUUUGGAGAAAUCCCCACCAAAUCCCACAUUUGUUUUCUAAGUGAGGCUUGGCAGGAUCCACGUCUGAUGGAAGAGUUGCUUACUUGAGUUAAAAAGCUUCCCCAGAGACUUAUUUUUAUGAGAAAUACUAGAGCUGUCGUGCAGACAAACCCAAGCUAGCCGCAGUCACCAAAGAAUAACCCUUAAUGCUGCUUUCUCCCCAUAUGCCAAGCUUGCAGGGGGAGACGUUUGAAAGGAUGGGGCAAAAGUCCAAAAGCAGGAAAACAGAUCCCUAAACUCAAAGCUAUAAGAAGAAACUUGCACUGUUUUGUAUAAUUGUACAGAAAUCCUUGGUUCCAGAGAUAUAAUGGUCACUCUCAGUUACUUUUUCUUGGGAAAUGUCUGUUUCAAGUAUAUAUUAUUUUUAAUUAUGUUUUUAUGAAUUCACCACAGACUUUGGUCUGCUUAGUUGCUCCCAACCCAUUUCUUAUUGUUUAUUGUAAUGGGGAACAAAAAGAGAUUUAUGUCACUUUGCCUAUCAUUUUCUUCAGGUUUUAUCCCUGUUUUGUUGUAUAACUUUUGGGGAGGCAAAACACAUUCUGAAGAAAUAGAGUAAGCUUGGUAAAAUAUUUCAGCACAACUAGGUUGGGAAGAAAAAGUGUGUGACAGUGAAGAUGAAAUCAAAUAACAUUUGUGUCUUAAUUCAGUUUAAAUUGGCUUUGAGCUACAUAUCCAUUAUUGGUUUGUUAUGAGUGUUGUCAUUUACUUGACUCAUUUCCCCCUCCUUCCUCUGCAGCAAUAAAUGUUUAUGAGGAAAUAAAACUACAUAAGAAUUACUUUAAUGAGGCUGAGAACCCAAGUGGCCGCAAAAGUUGUCAUUGAAA